GAUGUGGCCCAGUUUGAGGGUGAGGCAGUGGGGUUAGAUGGGCUGCUGAACAAGGCUCACCUUUACUUGUGUGCCUCAGAGGGGCAUGACUCCGAGGGAAGAACCUCUUGCAGAGAGUUGGCAAUGGCUCUCAUCACAUCCCUAGAGGAAGCGCAGAGGGGUUUAGGAUGGAAGCAGGUUGAAGCAGAUGCUGUCAGAGAAAUGUGGAGCUCCUUCAGGGAGAAGAAGGUGGAGGUGAUGAAGAAUUUGGAGAAACUAGCGGAUGAAACAGGGCAAGAGGUGAUCAGUGAGAUCUCAGUGCAAACCUUUCAAAGCAGGCUGCGCUCCUUGGCCCAGCUGGAGAAUGAGCUCCAGUCCUUACAACAGUCCCAACAGUGGUUAGAAGAGAAGGGAAGCCAGUUGGCCCAGAAAGAUACUGAGCUGGCAGGGGAGGCUCUGGGAGAGGUUAAACUCAUGAAGGCGGCCUGGGACAGCGUCAGGAUUCUCAUUACCAGCAGUCAAAAACAAAGUACAGCAAUACUAGAUCUUCUUCGCCAUCAUCAUAAGCUGAGGUCCAUGCUCUGCGCCACUGUAGAGAAGACCCAGGCACUAUCUCACAACCUGCCAAACCACAACCACAGUGCUCAGGAGGCCAGGACGUCCUUCACACGGCAUGAGAAGCUGCAAGAUGAGCUAAGAGAAAAACAGACGGACAUGGAUCAGCUCAUCAGCACAGUGGAGGAUCUGCAGAGAGAAGUGGACCGCAUUCCUAACUGUGGCAUGCACAUCAUUCAGAGGGAGAUGGAGACAUUAAGGGCACAGUGGUUGGAGGCAACAGAGAGAAUUCAAACUAAUAUGGAAAGAUUGGGCUACUGUAUGACACUUUGGGAUGACCUAAAGGUCAUGGAGCAGGACAUCUCUCAAUGGACUGUCACCUCCAUCGCUGAACUCAGUGUCACCAACCUGAACGACGAGGAGGCAGAAAACCGCCUCAUCACCUUUCAAGCAGAUAUGGAAAAAAGGGAGCACUCGCUGGAUGCUCUGCAGGAGAAAGUAGAAGACCUUAAGGAACGAGCUAAAUUAGAGGAAACUCCCCUACAAAUGCAGCUCCUGGAGUCCGACCUGAGGAAAAAGUUGGUCCAUGUGCAGGAGAUGUACAACCAAGCCAAACACAGCCUGACCUACUUCACUUUCCAGAAGCAGCGACUUGAGGACCUCAUGUCCCUGAUGCUUGAGCGCCUUGACAAAAUCGAGUGCUCCUUGUCAGAUCUCUCUGAAACCACCUCUUCAGAAGACAUUGAUGACAUUAAUGGUCUGCAAGGAGCUGUGCAGCAACAGAGAGCAGACAUGGACUCCGCCAGAGAGGCUCUGAGCACCCUGUGCAGGUCUCAUCCCUCUCAGGAACUCUCUUGCCUCUCUGCCAACCUCACUGCCAUAUUCAAGCGAACCGAGGUGGUUGCUCAGCGCUCUGCCAAGGCCAGAGGCAGCCUGCAGGAAGUGCUGCAGCUCCACGCCAACCAGCUUUUCCAAGAAUUCCACUGCUGGCUCUCUGGAUUGAAGUUGGAGUUGAUAGAAUGUUCAGAUCAGUCUGGAUACAUUGCCAACCUCACAGCAAAGUUGCAAAGACUGAAGUUGCUAACAGAGCGGGUGUCAGAGGGUGAGGAGCGUCUCUCUCAGGUUUGUGAGAAGGUUGAGAGGCUCCUCCUCCACCUGCCAGAAGCUGCAGAAAUACAGCUCCGAGAGCAUCUUUCCUCCUGCCGCAGAGAGUGGAGAAACUUCCUAGAUGACUACUCUCAGAGCCAACAAGACCUGGAAAAUAGUAUUCUUACCUUAAAAAGUUUUAAUGACACUGUCGAAAGUGUCAAAGAAUGGCUUAAGCAGAUGGAGCUCAGCCUCAACAGGGAGUCUUUUAUUGGGGAAGAUGGCCAUGGUGCUCCCGAUAGCAGAAAAGAACUGGAUAAAGUGGAACACUUCCAUAAGGAGCUUUUGACAAGACGGGACUCAAUCGACCGUGUCAUCCGAGAGGCCCAGUCCUUGUCUGAAGCAGGACCCGGUUCCAGUGAAGAGGUCCGAAUGGCAGUGCGGCUUCAGAUGGAGCACCAGGCUCUGCUCAAAGUUGCCAGUGAGAGGCUGCGAGCCUGCCAAGAGAACCAGGCCUUUGGAGAAACCCUCCAAGCAGUCUGGGCCUGGUUAGAGGACAUCCAGGAGAAGCUGGGUACAGUUGAUAGCACCAUGGGAACCAAAGAGCAGUUGCAGCAGAGGCUAAAGACUGUACAGGAUAUCCUGCUUUUGAAGGGGGAGGGGGAGGUCAAACUAAAUAUGGCGAUAGGUAAGGGCGAGAUGGCCCUACGCAGCCCUGGGGCCGCUAGACAGGAAGUAGUGCGCUCUCAGCUCCAGGAGGUGGAGGAUGCUUGGGCCACGCUGCUUGUGACUGCCAUGAGCUGCCACAGUCGUCUGGAGUGGACUGUCUCACAGUGGAGUGGGUACUUGGAAAAUGCGUCCCAGCUACGUGGCUGGAUGGAGGCUGUUGAGCGGGAGGUGUGUGCUUCCCUCACCCCUCAGCCGGGACCCAGAGAGAAGGCUUUGCAGCUGGAGAAGCUCCGAUCCUUGCUGGUCGACCUGGAGGAGCACCAGAUGGCUUUGUCCAGUCUGGAGGAAAAAGCCAGAGAACUCUUUAAGAAGACAGGGGACGCCAGUUUUAACCAUGGCGCUCGAACACAGCUGCAGGUGCACUUUGACGAGCUGACAGCUUUGGUGGAGAAGCGAGUUCGUCGCGCACAGAGCGUGGUGUUGGAACACCAGGAAUACUUGGAGGCUGUCCGGGAGCUUACUGAUUGGCUGAUGAAGGCAGGAGAGGAGCUUCAGCAUUGGUCAGAUACAUCUGGAGACUCCACCUCCAUCAGGAAGAAACUACUUGAAGUAAGGGAGCGUGUGGAGUGUGAACUCCUGGAGGGUCGGGAGUGUCUUAGCCGCGUGCGUAGGACAGCGGCGUCCGCGGCUGAGCACACGGCCGCAGGAGGUUGCGAGGCCAUGGACCGACAGCUGGGAGCGCUGGCACAGGCGCUAGAGCAAUGGGAAGGCGCUGCUCUGAGGUCCCGGGACGGCCUAGAGGGAGCUCUCGCCUCUGCCUCUGCCUCUGAAGAGGAAUACGAGUGUCUGACCUCUCAGCUGGAUGAGGAUUUGAAAGCACUUGAUGGACGACUGAGGGGAUGGAGCCAGGAGCUGAUAAAAGCUGAGGGUUGGUGCAAUGGCGAGGAAGCAGUGGCCGGAUGGCAACUAGAUAAGGACAUACUGGAAGGCUUGCAGAGCACGGAGCCCAUGGCAGAGAAGUUGAAAGGUCAACUGAACGAGCUGGUACGAUACUCCAGAGACUUGGGUUCCCAAUCCGAUCGAGUCACCGCUGUUGUCAAGCAGCACAACAGCCUCAGCCUCCAUGCAUCCAGGGAGUGCCAGAAUAAGGAACGCCUGUUGGAGCAGCGGUUCCGUGCUGCCCUCAGAGACUUCCAGCAGUGGUUGGUUAAUGCCAAAAUCUGUACCGCCAAAUGUUUCGACGUGCCGCAGAGCGUGGUAGAGGCUUCCACCGCUCAGCAAAGAAUACAGGAGUUCUUGAGUGAUAGGGAGCACGGCCAGGCCAGGCUGAGUACAGUAGGAGCCAGCGGGGAUCUUCUGAUGGCGGUGGUGUCCAAAGACAGGGUGGAGGGGAUCAAGGCCAAAGUGGCAAAUGCGAGGGAAGACUGGAGGAGGCUGAUGAAUGACCUGCAUUUGAGGGAGGAUGCGCUCAAGACUGUAUAUUGUCAGAUGACAGAGUUUGAAGCAAGCACUCAACCUCUGCUGGAGUGGCUUAACAGCACCGAGUUCAAAGUUCAGGAGAGCAGUGCUCGGCUACACGACCUCCAAACCAAGAAACAAGAGCUAAGCAAACUGCAGACUAUUCUUGAGGAGAUGUCCAGUCGUGAAGCAGAACUCGGACAUCUUAGAGAGAGUGCGCAUCGUCUUUGGGAGGGGCAGGUCGCAGGCAAGGGCUUUGUCCACCGAGUGUCCCAGCUGUCGGCGCAGUGCUUGGCUCUCAGCAACUUGACCAAGGACAAGACCUCCAGGGUUGAACGCAUUGUUGGGGAGCACCGUCUCUUCUCUCAGGGUCUUAAAGAGCUCCAGAAAUGGGUGUGCAAAGCUCAGAGGCUCCUGGCCACCUGUGUCUCCGCCACCUCCAAUAAAGUUGUGCUGGAGGACCGCAUGUUGCAGCUGGAAGCUUUGCUCGCCGCACGUCAGGAGCGGGAGAUCCAAAUGAAGAUGCUGCUUACCAGGGGAGAGGCAGUCCAAAGAAACACGUCGGCUGAGGGUGUCCCAGUCAUCCGCAAGCAGAUCCAGGACCUGAAGGACUCGUGGGACUCCCUGCUGUCUGCCUCCAUCAAGUGCAAAAGUCAACUGGAGGGCGCCUUGUCGCACUGGACCAGCUAUCAGGAGGACGUUGAUCACUUUUUGCUUUGGAUUGAGCGCGUUGAGGAAACACUGAGCUGCUCGGACAGACAGUACUCUGAGAUGAGAGACAAGACUGCAAACCUGGGAAAGACUAAGCUUUUGUAUGAGGAAGUGCUGAGUCACAGCUGUCCUCUGGAGACCAUUGCAACUAAGGGGGCCAACAUGGCAGAACACGGCACGGCACAGCAGGAAGUGAAGCAGCUACAGAACAGAUACAACGCCCUGAAAGAAAAGGCCAAGAAUGCAGUCAGCAAGGCCAAGGGGCUGGUGCUGAUCCAUCAAGAAUAUCAGAGAGUGCUCCAUGUGUUUGAAGAUUGGUUGGAGCAAGAACAGGCCACUCUUGCAUCAUUAUCCCUUUCAGAAGCAAACGUGGAUACACUUGAGGAAACACUGAAGCAGCUCCAGCUUCUACAGGAGCGAUGCUCAGAUGGUCAGUCGCUGCUGUCGUCAGUGCUGACUAGCAGAGGGAGGGUCAUUCAAUGGGGUGUACCCCAGAUUGAGGACAGAACCCUUGACACUGCACAACAGGAGUGGGUGGCCUACCAGGACCGUUUGGAGGAGACCCAGACCCAGCUGAAAUCCACUCUGGCCAGAUUGAAAGAGAUGGGCCAGAAGUUCCUUACCUUAGGCCAGUGGCUUGAUGAGAUGGAGAAAGAGGCCAACUUGAGACUUCGGAGGUCAGACAAGGGCACCAAAGAAACUCAGUUGAAGAAACUCAAGUCGUGUCUCCAAGCAUUGCUGACACGGCAAGGAGAAGUGGAUAGCCUCUCCUCGCUAUCACAGCAGAUUCUCGAAGAAGCUUACAUCAGUGGUCAUGUUAGCGUCACGGCAACGCAGCUCACUGCCCGCUACCACUCCCUGCUGCUCAGCAUACAGGACACAAUCAAGCAAUUACAGGAGGAGCUGAAGAGUAUUGAAGAGGCCGAAAACCUUUGUGUGUCCUUUACGGAUUGGAUCACUUUGACGCAGAAGAACUUUACAGAAGUAACCAACACAUCGGAAGCCCUGGACCGCAACGCAAUGGACAAAAAGCUGAAGAAACUUGAGACUCUGCAGGCUGAUCUCCAUCACGGUCACCUCUUCCUGAAGGCCCUGAAGGAGAGGGCCGAGCGUGUGGCAGACUUCCUGAACGAGGACAGAGCGAAGAGCUUAGGAGGUGAGGUGGAAGCCCGUCUUUCCCAGCUGGAGGAGCUUGCAGGCUGGCUGAGGCAAGAGCACAGCUUCCUGGAGUGCGCAUUUCUGCUGGCUAAGGAGUUCCAGGACCGCUACAAGGCUCAGGCCCAGUGGCUAGGGGAGACCAAAUCUUUGCUCAGUUCUCCACUGGAGCCCAAAGCCGAAUUAUACCAACGAAGGGCGCAGUUCGCCAAGCACAAGACUCUGUUACAGAUGGUCCAGUCCCAUGAUGCUUCCAUCAGGUCAGUGUUGGAGAAGGGUGACACUCUGUUGGCAUCAGUUCAUUACCCCUCAGUCAGAGACAAAAUGAAUAGACUGCAAAAAGACUACAGUGACCUGUGUAAUAUGGCCAUGGCCCGCGUGGAGCAUGUCGAGGGCCAGGUCAAGGAGCAGGAAGUAUACCACCACGAGCUACAGGAGGCGGAGCGAUGGCUGCUACAGAUGUCCAGCAGGAUGGUGACCCCUGACCCCAGCAUGAGCCGAAGUCUGGAGGAGGCCACAAAGCAGCUGGCGAGGCACAAGGCCAUCAUGGAGGAGAUAGCAGGCUUUGAGGAUCGCUUGGCAGGCUUGAAUCAGCGAGGGGACCACCUGGUGCAAGGCUGUGACGAGCGCGUGCAGAGUAAGCUGAGACAGCAGGUCCAGGCUCACCAGCAAGGCACCAGAGACAGUUACUCUGCCAUCUGUAGCACAGCACAGAGAGUAUAUCAGAGCCUAGACCAUGAGCUCCAAAGACACUUGAGUCUCCAAGACACUCUGCAACAGUGCAAGACUUGGCUGAGGUCUGUCUCCCAGCAACCAGAGCCUCCUGCACAGACCCCUCUCAACCUAGAGAAGGCACUACAGCAGGUUAAGCAAGAGCGGGCCCUCCAGGAACAGGCCAGCACUUAUUUCCAGCUAGUGUGCUCUUCCUGUGACCUCUCACUCCUCAGAGUGCAGGAGGUGGCUGCAGCUAUCCAGCAGGUCAAACUCCAGAAUGAGGAGCGCAUGAUGCUUUGCGAGGAGGUUGCAGACGCCUGGAGAGAUGUCGAGGAGCAGAAGACACAUCUGGAGAUACGGCUGAGAGAGACGGAGCAGCAACUGGAAAACCUGAUAAGAUGUCCAGCAGAGCUUGAGCCCAAAAUUGCACAGAACCAGCUGGAUAAAGCACAGGAGUUCCUCCAACACGUGAGGGAAAGGCAGUCUGAGUUAAGCCGUCUGAAUGAGGCCAUCAUUAAAAUGACAGACGGACAGGACUGUCCCAUCCUGGAAGACAUGAAGAAAAUGAGGAGGAGUUGGAUAGAAAUGGGCCAGCGUGCAGAGAAGCUCGAGGCGGAGCGAGGGGACGACAUGCAGCGAAGUGGCGAGUAUCAGGAGAGCGUGGUUGCUGUUGAGGAGGUUUUCCAUCAAGUAUCCAGGGAAUGGGACUACCUGGCCAGGGCCGACACUGAAAGUACAAGGGAACAUCUAGAAGCCCUUAAAAAGUUAUCCAGUGACCUUGUGAAGCGUAAAGCAACUCUAGAAGAUCUGCGAGACCAGAAACAAACUAUUUUGCCACAAAUAAGCCUGUUGGACAAGGAACUAGUCAAACAACAGGUGGGUCACCUGGAGAAACGCUGGGCUCAGCUUGAGACUCUUAUCCACCAGAAGAUUCAGGACUCCACACAGACGCUUGAGGAACUGGCACGGGUGGAGACCCAGCUGAGGGAUGCCCGACAGUGGGUGGAGGAGAAGCGACCCGCACUCACCUCCAGGCUGAAAACCAGCCCACCGCCUGACCUGGCCCAGAGUUUUCUGUUUGACCACCUGAGCGUGUGCGUGGAGCUGGAGGCCCGUCAACAGCUGCUGGGCCGAGCGGUGAGCGAAGCGCAAUGUGUCGCCUCCAGGCUGGGGCUGAGAGAAAGGAGAAGCCUGCAGGAGCUUGUUGAACACGCCCAGACUGAAGUGGAAGCUCUAGAGGCACGAGUAGCCCAGAGGAGAAAGUACCUCAACAAGGCCUUCACAGAGAGGACUCAGUUCCUUCAGGGUCUGGGCAGAGCACUGUCAUGGGUACAACAACAAGAGAGGAAGGCUCUGAUAGAUGACCACAUUGCGCUUCUUCCAGAGGAUCUCGCUAAACAGGUGUCCGCGUGUCGCAGCAUCCAAAACAGCCUUCGGGCCUACCGGAAGGAGUUGGUAUCUCUCUGGUUUCAAGGCCGGGAGCUUGAGAAGGAUGCCACAGACAAAGAAAGAGAAGAAACCUUGGCAAAACUUAAGGAGCUGCAGGCGGUUUUCGAAGCAGUUUUCCAGACAACCAGCCAGCGUGUCACAAUCUUGGACAAAGCUUUGACAUCCAGGAAGUACUUCCAGGUGGACCUUAACAAGACCUGUCACUGGCUGAGACACGCGGAGACCAUCACCUUCCGGGAAAUCAAUCUCAACCACAUUGAGGAUAGCUCGGUACUGCAAGAACAUCUAUGCACCUUUCAAAAAGUUUUGGAACAAGCUUCGGAGAACGAGAACCUCCUAUUGAUCGUACAAAGGAUAGGCCAGGAGAUCCUUCCCACUCUGAACGAGAUCGACCACUGCUACUUAGACGAGCGACUCAAUGCUCUCCCCCAACAGUACAAUAGCAUCCUGGCGCUUGCCAAAGAAAAAAAAGACAGGAUUCAACAAAUAAUCAUAGAGAGGAAAGAUUUUAGCACUUUUUUUGAUACGACUCGAAGCGCAUUGGAGAACCUUCAGGAGCAGUUUGACAAUCUGGAGAAGAAGACUAUCAAUAGUUGUGAUGAGGAGCUGCGUUGUUUAAGGAGUGACUAUCAGAGAAUAGAUGAAGCUUUAUCCAACAUCAGCCCUGCGGUAAGACAACUUCAUGGAAAAAAUGAGGGGUUUCUCAGUACGGGCUACACAAACAAAGCUGAGGAAACACGUCAGGUAGUGCGCCUUCACAACACUCUUAAAAGAAGAAAUUAUCAAAAACAAAAAUAUUUUGAUCAUGCCUUGAAGAUAAUCAAUGAGCACAACAGACUACUUAAAACAUUUGACAAGGAACUGAAGUUUGCCAAAGACAAUCUGGUUACACUCAAGUCAGACAAAGAACUUGAUGCCAUGAAUAAAAUUGCAGCACUUUUUGCAUUACUUGAACGUCUGGAUCGUGUAUCUUUAGAGGCCAAAGAAUGUAGCCAGCAGAUCGCAAGCCUCUGCUUGAGGUUCGACCCCGUUGCCUUUCAGGAAAUUAAAUCCCAGCUUGACUCACUGCAGUCCUUAUGUUUAGACAUUAAAGGCUGCAUUGGAGAAUGUGAAAAGGAUGUCCCACAAGAAUUCACGACGGGGAUGGAGAAAAUGGCCAAAUGGCUGAAGGACUUUAAAGCCGCAGUGAGGGAGCCUGUAAGCUUAAUAGAAGCCAAAGUUGAGAGUGUGCAGGAGAAAAUGUGCAAACUGGGAAUCAUGAAAGAAGAAGUGAAGAGCAGAUUGAGGAUGGUGGAUAAAUUGUUUAGCCAGGAAGUGCAAAGAUAUUGCAGUAGAAAGGAAAGUAUUCCAUCUUAUGUGGAUGUGAAAGCAGAGGAGCUAAGGAGGCUGGGAGCUGAAGUUCUAAAGGAUAUUAACCAAAAGGAGCUGACUCUGGGUCCUGCUCUUGCCAUGAUCCAGCGGCACCACUCUACCCUACAGUCCAUGCAAACACACCUAGAUUGUGCCGCCGAUUGCCUUCAAAGUGCCAGCGCUGGGGUGGAUCUGGAGCAUCACACAGAUUGGAUUCUCAACCUUCAAGAAAUUUCAGUGCAGGAAAAUAAUUAUACAGCUGUUUCAGAAGAGAUAAGAAAGACCCUAGAGCCCUUGUUGACAGAAGUUGCGAUCAACCAGCUAAGAGGAGAAGCUGAAGCCAUGCGGAUGAGGAGCACAGAAAUCAAACACCUUACGGAGGCCUGCAAAGACGUCCACGAAAGGUGUGUGUCUCUAUGGGCCUCCAUCCAACGUGACAGAGACCGGCUGGUUGAACAAAUGAACGAUGUAGAGAGCAAGAUGGCUGCAUUUUCAACCGCUAAAGCAGAGAGUCUCGAGCAGGCAAAAGACAAGUGUGAGAAAUACAAGUCGCUAGCGACUUACGCUGACCUUCAGGAGUUUGCUAUCACUGCUAUGAAGGAAGACAAGGUAGUCGAGUUAGAGCGGCUUGUCAUCAAAUCUGGUGCAGCAGCCGUCGUCCACCAUGCUCUCUCAUCACUAUGGCAAAGGUGGACCAGGAUUCGCAGUGUGGUGAGAGUCCAGGAGAGGGCACUGGAGGACACAGCCAGGGAGUGGAGGAACUUGACAGAAAAGAUGGAAAAGGUGCGCUCGGUGUCUGCAGACCUCCACAGCCGCAUUCCAGACAGCACGGUCGAAAAGACCGCCACCAGGGCGGCACUCCAGAGCCUCCUGGAUUACCACGACUCCUUUAGUGUGGAGGUGGAGAGGGAGCAGUCCAUCCUGGCUCUGCUGGGGCAACACAUCCGUAGCCUCAGAGGAGAGGAGGAAGAAAAAAGAGAGAAUGACCAUCAGGAAACACAGUGCCUUCAAGACAUCAAAAACAUGCAGGGCCAGUAUGACAGUUUAGUGUUAUUGGUCCGUUCCAGCAGGGCUCAAGUGCACCAGGAGUUGAGGGAGCGAGAGGAUGUUGAGAAGGAGCUGGGCUUGGUCAAAGGUUGGAUUCAAGACACUCGGGGCUUGCUCUUGAGUAGUCCCACAGCAGACUUGGAGACUUUGUUGCAAGAGCUGGAGAUUGCACACGGAGAGGUCAUCAGCCGCCGCCAGAGCGUGGAGCGCAUGACAGAGCUGCAGCAAUCCAAAUACCAGGACCGCCAGGCGGGGAUGCCGUCGGAGCUCAGCAUGCAGCUGGCUGAGGUGGCUCUUGCUCUGGGCGCUGCUGAGGACCAGGUCCAGGCUAGAGAACGUGAGGUGCAGCAGACCCGAGACGUGAAAGAGGACUUCAGUUCCAGACUGCAGGAAAUGGAGGCCAAGCUGAGAAACAUCUCGUCGAGAUUUGAAAACAAGGGAGCUAACCUGGAGGAGGCCAAAGAGGAGACCAGGACUCUUCGGGAAGAGUGCGAUUGCUGCGCUCACACUCUUGCUGAGUUAGCGGCAGCCGUACAGGAGUUCAAUGAGCACAACCCUCUGCUGUGCAAGCAGCUGGGCGAUGCCGUGGCCAAAAUGGCCCAAGUGCAGCGCCAUGCCACACUACAGGUCCAGGACAGAAGCAACAAACUGCAGAAGCUAGAGAAGCAGAUGCAGGAAUAUCACAAUAUGAAGGAAUGUAUUUUGAGUUGGAUUGAAAAAGCGGAGACUCUGAUGACGGGCAACAUCAUCUGGAGCCAAAUAUCUCAGCUACAAGAGCAAAUCAGAGCAUAUCAGGCGUUGCUGCGAGAGUGUCGGGGUCUCCAUGGUGACUUGGAAGCCAUGGCAGAGAGGGAGACGCAGUUAGGGGAGGUGUUGAUGACUAAAGGGUGGAGCCAGCAGGUAAAACACCUCGGCAGGCGCACUGAGGAGCUUCACCUCUCAGCCAAGACUCGGCUGCAGAGUUUGCAGGAUGCGGCCAAGGACAUUUUGCGUCUAGAAGCCGAGGUGAAGAGUCUCCACGCUGCUGUGGACCAGAUCCAAGUUAUGCUGGCCUCCCCGGAUCUCAACAAGCUCAGUCUGAGAGAUCAGCUCACACAGCGACAACGUUUGUUGGCUGAGAUUGAUGGCUUCAAGCGGCAGGCGGCGGCUGUGCAGCACUGUCAGAGCGCCCUCCGGCUUCCGGAAGAAGUAGUGGCAGGACUUCCUGUGUGCCGCACUGCACAAAGCCUACAGCAAGAAACCAGACAGCUGCAGCAUACAACCAUUCAGCAGUGCAAUAUCUUGCAGGAGGCUGUGGUGCAGUAUGAGCAGUAUCAAGUGGAGGUGAAGAACCUGCAGCGGUUGAUAGAAGAAGCCCACCACAUCAUUCAAGACCGACCCGUGUGCACCAGCAACAUUCAGGAGCUUCAGGCUCAGAUACAGCACCAUGAGGAGCUAGCCCAGAAGAUCCGUGGCUACCAGGAGCAGAUCGCAUCGCUCCACUCCAAGUGCAAGAUGCUGACGGUGAAGGCCAAACACGCCACCAUGCUGCUGACCGUCAGCGAGGUGGACAGUCUCUUGGACGCCGUGGACGAACUGAGCGACGAAGAGCUGCCUAGUGUCGGAGCAAGCGACAAACAGCUUCCUGCACACCCCUCUGUCGUCAUGAUGACAGCAGGCCGCUGCCACACGCUCCUCUCCCCUGUGACUGAGGAGUCAGGGGAGGAGGGCACCAACAGCGAGGUCUCCUCUCCCCCUGCCUGCCGCUCACCCUCCCCUGUGACUAACGCUGAUGCUUCUCUCAAACAGGGUGUAGGCGGUUUAAAUCGAGCCCCCCUGCAGGAACUCUAUGACCCGUCUAUGGAGAGCAGCACUGCUAACCUGGAUGAUCUGCAGAGAUCUUGGGAAACACUCAAGACUGUGAUAAGUGAGAAACAGAAGAGUCUGUAUGAAGCCCUGGAGCGGCAGCAGCAUUACCAAGAGUCCCUCCAGUCUAUUUCCACGAAAAUGGAGUCUGCCGAAACAGCACUAAGCGAAAGCCUGGACUCCAACAAAAGCCCAGAGAGCCAGAUGGCGACACAUCAGGCUCUGAUGGACGAGAUACUGAUGCUGCAAGAUGAGAUCGGUGAACUGCAGACAUGUUUCUCGGAGGAGCUGGCCGACAACGACAGUGACGGCGAGGCUUCUGACCAGCUGGCUCUGCAGUCUACCCUAACCGUUCUCGAGGAGAGAAUGGCCACCAUUAGAAUGAAGGCUUCUGGAAAGCGCCAGCUGUUGGAGGAGAAGCUCAGCGAGCAGCUAGAGGAGCAGCGACAGGAGCAGACCCUGCAGCGUUACCACAGUGAGGCCGAGGAGCUCGACCACUGGCUGCUCAGCACUCGUGCUACCCUCAGCUCAGUGCUUAAGCUCCAAAAUGAUGAUUUGGACAUGGAGGAGCAGCUCAUUGACUGCCAGAACAUGCUGUUCGAGAUCGAGCAGAAGGUGUCGUAUCUCUCCGAGCUGUCGGUGCACAGCGAGAGCUUACUUUUAGAGGGAAGGACCGAGACCAAGGGUGAGGCGGAGCAGCUCACUUUUAAACUGCGCUCUCUGAAAGAAAGCUUGGUAGAGCUGCAGCAAAUGUUGCAGGACAAACAGGUGGACAUAAAGGGUUCUUUGCAGGAGCAGGAUGACAGUGAGCCGGACUCGACGCUUUCGCAGAGCCCCAACAUGCAGGAUUGGCUCUCCCAGGCUCGUUCGUCACGCACACAGCAGCAUCAUAACAACCUGCUCCGCCAGAGAGAGCUGCAGGAGCAUGUUGCUGAGCAGAGGAGGUUGCUUCAGUCUGUAGCCAGUGUUGGGGAAGAUUUACACAAUCAACAGAUCACACCAAAUGGGGAUAGUGAGGUGUCUCUCCCUAUAGGAGUGUUGCUGGAGUCGCAGAGCCUGUCUCCCGUCGACCACUUGAGACAACGCUGGGAGAACCUGAACAAAGAUCAGAGUACCAAGCUGCAGCUCUCUCUCAACACACUGGAACAGGAUCAUUCAAGCCCGAUCGUCCACCGGUCCCGUCUGACUAGUCCAAGCAUGGUGUUCAGGGGGGGAUCCAACAGCCAGGACUCUCGCUCGCCGAUGGCUUUAUUUGAGGCGUGCAGCCAAACGUUGGAAAGAAUUACUGAGGAGGCAGAGACCAGUGACAGAAAACUGGCGCUCUCCUCAGUAGCAGCAACACUCCAAGAGACGCUGUAUACUGCCGUGUCAGCAGCCUCCACCCGGUUGGACGCUGCUGAAAACGAGAUGCUCUCCGGACCUGUGCUAUUGUCCGAAGACACAGAGUCGAAGCUCACAAGUCUCGAGUACACAACUAAAGAUCUGAAGGACAUGAGCAGAGAGGUGAACCAGUGCAGAGACCUGUUGGGUGGAGGAGCAGGCCGCCUGUGUGGAGGUGAGGAGCGGGCUUUAAUGGAGGACACCCUGGAGGGUCUGCAGGAGAGGAUGGGGCUGCUGGAUUCCACCCUUGAACAGCACUGUGACACCAUGAGGGACAGACUCCAGGAGCACUUAAACGUCCAGAACGAACUCCGGAUGCUAUUCACAGCUUUGAAUGAGAGUAGGGACAUGCUGCUACAAAAGAUGGCUGGGACAGUUGAACGGCCUGCAGCCCAGCAGAUUGAGACAUUAUCAGAGGUAGAGGACAGUCUGAAGGAGUUUGAGCAGAGAGUGACUGAGCUAAAAACUAAAGCUCAAGGACCCCAAUCUGACCGACUCUCCCACCAGGAAUUUCUCAAAUUACAGAAUGCGUAUGAAGAGCUGCUGCUGAUAGUGGGCUCCAGGCGCAGCGGCCUGAAUCGAGCCUUGUCGCUGAAGGCUCAGUACGAAACUGCGCUCCGCGACCUCACAGAUCUGGUAGACACAGCUCAAGACAAGAUGGCUGCAGACCAGAAGAUGACUGUAGCCUCUGUUGUCGAGGUCCAAAUGUUAUUGGACAAACACAAAGAAUUCUUCCAGAGUCUUGAAUGCCAUAUGAUCCUGACCCAGACUUUUUACACAAAAGUGUCAGGUUUGGUGGCACAGCAGGAAAGCCAGGCUUUGGAAGAGACCAUGUCUUUAGCUCACAGUAUCCUGAAGCAGGCCCACAGGAGGGGGGUGGAACUGGAGGGCAUACUGGAGUCAUGGAGCAGACUUGUGGAAGACUACCAGGCUCUGUGCAGACAGUUGGAGGCUGUGGAGUGCAGUAUCCCCACUGUGGGCCUGGUGGAGGAAACGGAGGAGAGACUCUUUGAGAGGAUUAGUCUCCACCAGCGUCUGAAGGCCAGCCUGACUGAGCAUCAGCCCCAACUCUAUCGGGUUCUGGAGGAGGGCAAGAGGCUUCUUCUGUCUGUAAGCUGUCUGGACUUGGAGAACCAGUUAACACAGCUGGGAGAACACUGGCUCGCAUCCACCACCAAAGUCAACAAGGAGCUCCACCGCCUUGACUCCACCCUCAAACACUGGAGCAGGUACCAAAGUGAGUCUGCAGAGUUGAGCCAGUGGUUGUGUUUGGCUAUGGACAGACUGGAGUUUUGGACAGCCCAGUCAGUCACUGUGCCUCAAGAACUGGAGACAGUUAGAGACCAUCUCUGUGCUUUCCUGGAGUUUUCUAAGGAGGUGGACGCUAAGUCAUCCCUUCGUUCAUCUGUCCUGAGCACAGGCAACCAGCUGCUAAGACUAAAAAGAGUAGACACAGCUGGUCUGAGAACAGCACUAGGUCACAUCGACACUCAGUGGGCCGAGCUGCUCACGCGCAUUCCUGUUGUCCAGGAAAAGCUCCAUCAGCUGCAGAUGGAAAAGCUGGCAUCAAGGCACGCCAUAACGGAGGUGAUAAGCUGGAUCUCACUCAUGGAGAACAUUAUAGUUGAAGAUCAGGACAAAAUAGCUGCAGUCGUGGGCUCAGAGGUUGUCCAAAAUUUCUUGCAGAAGUACAAGGGUUUCCGCAUUGACUUGACCUGCAAGCAACUAACUGUGGACUUUGUGAACCAAUCAGUGCUGCAGAUCAGCAGUCAGGACGUGGAAGGAAAACGGAGUGACAAAACCGACUUUGCAGAGAGCCUUGGAGCCAUGAAUAGACGAUGGCAGAUACUACAAGGCCUCAUUACGGAAAAAAUUCAGCAUUUAGAAGGACUUUUAGAAAGUUGGUUAGAGCAUGAAAACAGAGUGCGGGCCUUAAAAACAUGGUUGACGCUCCAGGAGGAGAAAUUAAAGAAGAAACACAGGAUAGAGGACGUUGCAUCAGUGCAAAAUGCGCUUAAGGAUUGUCAGGAGUUAGAGGAAUUGGUUAAGGACAAAGAGAAGGAUCUAGAGAAGGCUGAGGAACAAGGGAACACUCUCAUCAAGGAUAAGAAAGGAGAGGCCUGCUCUGUUGUUAAGGAGACCCUCAAGGGACUGAGCCAGUCCUGGGCUCAUUUGAACCAUAUGAUAAAUCAGAUAAAGGGGAGUCUGCGGUCGGUGCUAGGACAAUGGACCUUGUACAGACGCGCUUCAGAGGAGAUCGUUGGCUACCUGAUGGAGGGGAGGUACUGCGUAUCCAGGCUACACGUUGUUAGUGGUUCCCUGGAAGCUGUGCAGCAGCAGGUGGAAAGUCUGGAGAACCUGCAAGAGGAAAUGGACAAGCAGGAAAGCAGUCUGUGCAAGUUUGGUUCUGUAACACAGCAGCUCCUCACCGAGUGCCACCCGUGUGUAGCUGAAACUCUCAACAGAGCCCUACGGGAUGUCAACAUGAGGUGGAACGACCUACUAGAGCAGAUUUCAGAGCAGCUGAGGAGCAGUAAGGCCUUGCUCGGGCUGUGGCAGCAUUAUAAAGAAAUGUACAGUACUUGCGUCCAUGCAGUGCAGAGGCAGGAGGAGCGGGCUGACCGCCUGCUCAAGAGCGCAAUUGACAGGGACAUCACAGAGGAGGAGAGUAUUUCUUGGAUGAAGGACUGCGAUGAGUGUAUUGGUGAGCAACAAUCCAUACAGUGUUCCCUGCAGCAGCUGCAAGCAUUAGGAGAGCAACUUAGGACCCGAGUGGACGCCCCCUCAUUUGCUGCUCUCCAGUCGGACCACAUGUCGCUGACGCAUCGCCUGUCAGCGCUUAUGCACGCCCUCCACAGGCAGCAGGAGGUGCUGCAGUCUGGAUGGCGAGCCUGCGAGGGCUUCAGAGAGCAAUUGGACAUGCUUGUCCAUACGGCUGCUGAGGCUGCAGAAGUGUUGAAGGAGUCUGACCAGCUUGGCUCACCAGCGCUUACUGAGAUUCAGACACGUAUGGAAAAACUGAAGGCUGUUCUCUCCAAGCUCAGCAGCCACUCUCCAGACCUGGAGCGCGUCAACAUGCUCAUGUACAGACUGCCAGUCAGCGACAGAGAUCUAAAGCGCCUGCAGAGUCUGAAUAGAGCGUGGACGUCCCAUUCGGUUCACCUCAGCGAGAAGUUCAGUAAAAUGCAGGCAGUGCUACUCCUGCACCAGAGCUUCCUGCAGAAAUGCGAAGCCUGGAUGGAAUUCCUGUCUCAGACAGAGCAGAAACUGGCGGGAGAGGUUUCAGGCAACCACAAGAGUCUGCUUGAGCAGCAGCGAGAGCAUGAGUUGUUCCAAGCAGAGAUGUUCAGCCAACAGCAGAUUCUCUACUCCAUUAUCAGCGAUGGCCAUCGCAUGCUGGACCAAGGACAAGUGGAUGAUGGAGACGACUUCAGUGUCAAGCUGGCUUUGCUGGCUAAUCAGUGGCAGGGUGUAGUGAGACGGGCUCAGCAGCGAAGAGGCAUUAUUGACAGUCUGCUCCAUCAGUGGCAGACCUACCAUGAGAUGUCCGAAAAAUUGCUCCGGUGGCUGCAGGAAGUGUCAAGCGAUCUGGAUGUGCAUCAGCCGGGAGGAGAACCAGUCACUCUGCAACAGGCUAGAAACCUGCUGGAUCAGAUACAAACUCCCUUAGUUAACCUAUGCCCCCUCGGUCCAUUCCCCUUGUCCUCGCUCCUGCAGCUUAGACAGCGUGUCCUCCAGAGGCAGCAGGGAGGCUACAUCGUGACAGUGGAGGCCGGCAGGAGCCUGCUGCUGUCGGUCGACGCCCUGGCAGAGUCCCGGCUGCAGACGGAGCUGAUGGAAAUCCAGGAGAGGUGGAGACAUGCCCACCAACGCCUGGACCAGCAGAGGAAGGAGCUGCAUGGUCUGCUUAAGAAUUGGGAGCGAUGCGAGAAAGGCAUUGAUGCCUCGCUGGAGAAGCUGAGGGCCUUUAAGAGGAAGCUGUCGGUGGCGCUGCCUGACCAUCACGAGGAGCUGCACUCCGAGCAGAUGAGAUGCAAGGAGCUGGAGAGCAGUGUCAAGGGCUGGAGCGAUGACCUCACUUCCUUGUUACUCCUGAGGGACUCCUUGGUGGGCGUGGUCGGCAACGAUGACGUCACAGUCCUUCAGGAACGCAUCCAGCUUCUCCAGGGCCAAUGGGAAGAGGUGUGCCAUCAGCUUUCUCUGCGCAGGCAGCAGGUAAGCGAGAAGUUGAACGAGUGGGCAGUGUUCAAUGAGAAGAACAAGGAGCUGUGCGAGUGGCUCACGCAGAUGGAGAGCAAAGUCUCUCAAAAUGGGGACAUCAGCAUCGAAGAGAUGAUCGAAAAGCUGCGCAAGGAUUAUCAGGAAGAGGUUGGUGUUGCCCAUGAGAAUAAGCAGCAGCUGCAGCUCAUGGGAGAGCGCUUAGCCCGUGUCAGCCAGGACAGCAAGGCAGCGGACAUUCAACACAAACUCAAUAAAGUCAGCGAGCGCUGGCAACACCUGCUGGACCUCAUUGCCGCCAGGGUGAAGAAGUUGCGGGAGACCCUUGUGGCGGUGCAGCAGUUGGACAAAAACAUGAGCAGCUUGCGGUCCUGGCUGUCUCACAUUGAGACCGAGCUGUCCAGGCCAAUCGUCUUCGACACGUGCGAUGAGCAGGAGAUCCAGAGAAAGCUCAACCAGCAGCAGGAGCUGCAGAGGGACAUCGAGAGACACAGUACAGGGGUGGCGUCUGUGCUGAACCUGUGCGAAGUUCUCCUGCAUGACUGCGACGCCUGCUCCACCGAGACCGAGUGCGACUCCAUUCAGCAGGCUACCAGAGGGCUGGACCGUCGCUGGAGGAACAUCUGCGCAAUGUCCAUGGAGAGGAGGCUUAAGGUUGAGGAGACCUGGAGGUUGUGGCAGAAGUUUUUAGACGACUAUUCGCGUUUUGAGGAUUGGUUGAAGACUUCAGAGAGAACAGCCGCCAUGCCCAACUCCGCUGGCGUCCUCUACACUGUUGGAAAAGAAGAACUCAAAAAGUUUGAGGCCUUCCAGCGCCAAGUACAGGAGUGUUUGACCCAGCUGGAGCUUAUCAACAAGCAGUACAGACGCCUGGCUCGUGAGAACCGCACCGACUCGUCUUGCCACCUCAGAGAAAUGGUGCAUGAUGGGAACAGGAGAUGGGACAACCUGCAGAAAAGGGUGGCGGCCAUCCUCCGACGACUUAAGCACUUCAUCAGCCAGAGGGAGGAGUUUGAGACGGCUCGGGAUAGCAUCCUGGUGUGGCUGACAGAGAUGGACCUUCAGCUCACCAACAUUGAGCACUUCUCCGAGUGUGACGUUCACGCUAAGAUUAAACAACUCAAGGCGUUCCAGCAGGAGAUUCACCUAAACAUGGGCAAGAUUGAGCUGGUGUUCAGGCAGGGCGACGCUCUGAUCGAGAAGAGUGAACCUCUGGAUGCAGCUGUGAUCGAAGAGGAGCUGGAAGAGCUGCAGAGAUACUACCAAGAGGUCUUUGGCCGGGUCAACAGAUACUACAAAAAGCUUACCCGGUUACCUCUUGUGGAUGACGAGUUUGAGGGUUCAGACAGAGAGCUGGAAAUGGAGGACGGCGGCGACCUCUACGAACUGCAGUGGGUCAACUCAACACCUCCACGAACCUCCAGCCGACCACCCUCUGGUGCGACCACCCUCAUUCGGGCGGACCGGUCAGGCCGGGACACCCCAGCCAGUGUGGACUCAAUCCCGUUAGAGUGGGACCAUGACUACGACCUGAGCAGGGGUCUGGAUAGCCCGGGAGGGCGAAGCCACAGGCAGAGGAGCCGAGUGCAAGAGGAGGAGGAAGAGGUGGAGUAUCUGAGGACAGCUACUGCAGUGCUGUCAGGUGAGCCAGGCCAGCUUGAGGCCAGUCUCAGGCAACUGGACCAAGUUCUGGAUGCAGGACGCUGCCACCUGCAGGCGAGAGAGGACGCCACCAACCGCUCCAGCCCUGAUGUUGAUGCCACCUACAUGGGCUAUAUGCGUCUGAUGGGCGAGUGUCACGGCAGCAUAGAAGCAGUGAAGCGAGCUGAGGAAGAACUCACAGAGGAUGAAGAUGAAAUGCCAGGACUCACCAAUCCGACCAGCGCAGACAGUCAGAGUGCAGGUGUGAUCAAGCGCUGGGAGCUGAUCCAUGCUCAGUCUCUCAGUGAAAAACACAAGCACAAGCAGAACCUGCAGCAUUGGCAGCAACUGAUAUCAGACCUGCAGACUCUGCGUGCCUGGCUGGGUCAGUGUGAGGCAGAGCUGGGCCAGAUGCGAGGUCUGGAGCGCAGCACAGACAUCCACAGUAUCCAGCAGAGGAUCAAGAAACUCAGGGAGUUGCAGAAAGGGAUGGACGCCCACAAGUCGGAGUUGCUUUCCAUCAACCUGACCGGCGCCAGUUUCCUCCAAUCAAAGCCCGACUCUGAGGAGGCGUGGGAGCUAAAGGACGGCCUAGAGGAGAUGAACGCAUCCUGGGAUCGCCUGGGCACCUUGCUGGAGAAGUGGAGGGAGGAGCUACAGCAGGCUCUCAUGCAGUGCCAGGAGUUCCACGAGAUGAGUCAUGGUCUGCUGCUGUGGUUGGAGAACAUCGACCGUCGGAGGAAUGAGGUGGUUCCCGUCCCUUCCAACUUGGACCAUGAAACGCUACAAUCUCAUCUCAGGACACUGACUCAAAUCAAGCGGGAGCUGCUGGACUCUCAGCAGAAGGUGUCGUCCCUCCAGGAGCUCUCAGCUCAGCUGCUGGUCAGGACGGCAGUGCCCACGCCCACUACUCUCCGUUCCCCUGGCAGCGAGUGUCUGGAGGCCCAGGAGAAGGUGCACGUGAUCUGGAACAGGCUGCGCCUGCUCCUGCGGGAGGUCGACUGCGACCUGGAGGGGCUGCAGAGGCGACUGGAGGUUGUGAGCACGCAACAGGAUUUCAUACCCCGAACUGUUGUCAAAUCUGGCAUGACUUCUGCUGGUCUUGCAUCUGAUUCAACAAACAUCCAAGCUUGCAGACGAUUGCCUCGAGGCAAAAGUAGUCAGGCCCACCCUGGACCCACUGAGAGCGACCCCCGCCACAGCCGCAGGAGGUCAGCCGGCGCCGCUGGCUGCGUUUCCUCCCGUUCUGACCUUUUGGACGGCGUCUCCUCGCCAUCCUCCUCCUCUUCCUCCAAAGGCCAUUCCUUCCUGCAUCGUGUCCUGAGAGCUGCGCUCCCCGUGCAGCUGCUCCUCUUGUUCCUCAUUGGCCUGGCCUGCCUGGUGCCUAUGAGCCAGGAGGACUACAGCUGCCACCACGCCAACAACUUUGCCCGCUCUUUCCAUCCCAUGCUGCGCUACACAAACGGACCCCCACCUAUAUAGCUGCUUAUCCACCUAUAUCGCUUCGCCAAGGACUCCUGUGAAUGUGCCCUUUUUCACCCUGUGCCCUACAGCCACAAGCUCCGCCCCCUGUUGGGAUGCACCAUUAUGACAAGGAGCCCUUUAAUUACUAAUGGACCUUUUUAAAUAUAUAUUUUUAAAUUGUGUUUACCUUAAAUAUGUAUAUGAAGGUUUUUUAGUGAUAUCAAUGAGAAAGAACAAAGAACUAUUUACAAUACACUCACGUUGGGAGCCAAAGUCGUCCACUAUUCCCAGUGCUGCUACUAUUUAUUGAGCGGAAUAUUAUUAGAUUGAAAAAAGCUCAAGUUUUUAAGGAUAUUCGUCCUGAAAAGAUUUAACCAAUAAACAGCAGAGUUAAAGGGCUACUGAAACCCACUACUACCCACCACGCAGUCUGAUAGUUUAUAUAUCAAUGAUGAAAUAUUAACAUUGCAACACAUGCCAAUACGGCCUUUUUAGUUUACUAAAUUGCAAAUUUUAAUUUCCCGGGAGUUUCGUCUUGAAAACGUUGUGUAAUGAUGACGUACGCGCAAGACGUCACGCGUUUUUAGGAAAUAUGAGCGCUGUGCACACACACAGCUAAAAGUCGUCUGCUUUAACGGCAUAAUUACACUGUAUUCUGGACAUCUGUGUUGCUGAAUCUUUUGCAAUUUGUUCAAUUAAUAUUGGAGAAGUCAAAGUACAAAGAUGGAGUUGGGAAGCUUUAGCCUUUAGCCACACAAACACACUGUGAUUCCUUGUUUAAAAUUCCUGGAGGUGAAACUUUACUAUGGAUCAGAGCGGUCAAGCGAACAUGAAUCACGACGGAAUGUCAACCAGCAGGUUUCGGUGAGAAAAUUGUGGUAAAAAGUCGCUUCUUACCGGAUAUCAGAUGAGCUUGUGCCGUCUAUAGCUGCCGUCGACUCCCCUGAGACAUUGGCGUCAAGACACCCGUGGACACAAUUCCGAAUAUCAGGUACUAUUAAACUCACUAAAACACUAGCAACACAAUAGAAAGAUAAGGGAUUUCCCAGAAUUAUCCUAGUAAAUGUGUCUAAAAACAUCUGAAUCCGUCUCAAUGCAACACGAUUGCAAUCGCGUUUUCUUUUUCUUUUUCUAGUCCGUCGCUAUCGAUAUCCUCAAACAGGAAUCUUUCAUCCUCGCUCAAAUUAAUGGGGAAAUUGUUGUUUUCUCGGUCCGAAUAGCACUUUUUGUUGGAGGCUCCCAUUAUAAACAAUGUGAAGAUGUGAGGAGCCAUCAACAUGUGACAUCAUCGUCUGCGACUUCCGGUAGAGGCAGGGCUUUUCUGUUAGCACCGAAAGUUGCGAACUUUAUCGUGGAUGUUCUCCCCGCCUAAAGCUAAAGCUCGUAUUUCUACUGCUUUGAUUGUGAUAAAGAUGUUUUUUCUGUUAUAUAUAAUAUAUACAUACUUUUGUUCCUGUUAGAGCAUGCACUUGAAAGCCCCUAUAGACAAACAAUAACUGAUUGUGUAGCUGUAGAUUUAUUAAUCGUAUUAUUAAUGUUUGGUUAUAAGUAUUAUUCCGAAGUGAUCAAACAUCACUACCUUAUCUAAACACACUGUGUACAAAAAUAUGAAAAUUGUUAAUUUAUGUUUGUACAGUUUGCUAAUGCUGAAUACUCUUUGCAUAUAAUAAAACAUGAACCAUUUUAUAA